CCUCACAGUGCCCAGCUGUUAUGGGUUCUGUGCCUGCUGGAAUGCCGCCCAGGGCUUGACCUCAGAAGAGGUCUGCCCCCAAAGCCAGAGGGCACUGAAGAAGCCCAGUGGUCUCUGGGGGAAAGGGAGCUCCUACAAGCCCGUUUUACCAGUCAAUCCAGCUUGCUACUGAUGGGCCGCAAGGAUGGUGGGCUAUGACCCCAGCACGGACUGCAAGAAUAUCUCCAAGUUCCAGGUGGCGGUGGCCGGCUCCCUGUCUGGAUUUGUCACUCGGGCGCUAAUCAGCCCCCUGGAUGUCAUCAAGAUCCGCUUCCAGCUUCAGAUCGAGCGCCUGUCCCGCCACGACCCCCAGGCAAAAUACCAUGGCAUCAUGCAGGCUGGGAGAAAGAUCCUGCAGGAAGAGGGCCCGGCAGCCUUCUGGAAAGGGCACAUCCCAGCCCAGAUUCUCUCCAUCGGCUACGGAGCUGUCCAAUUCCUGUCCUUUGAGCUGCUGACUGAGCUGAUGCACAGAGCCAGCCGGUACGACGCCCGUGACUUCUCCGUGCACUUCCUGUGCGGCGGCCUGUCGGCCUGUGCGGCCACCCUCACCGUGCAGCCCAUGGACGUGCUGCGCACCCGCUUUGCGGCUCAGGGUGAACCUAGGGUCUACAAAACGCUCCAGGACGCCAUGGUGACCAUGUACCGGACAGAAGGCCCCUUGGUCUUCUACAAGGGCCUGCAGCCCACGCUGCUGGCCAUCUUCCCCUACGCCGGCUUCCAGUUCUCCUUCUACAGCAGCUUGAAGCAGGCCUAUGAGUGGGCCGUGCCUGCCACGGAGGGGAAGACAAACGGGAACAUCAAGAACUUACUCUGUGGCAGUGGUGCCGGCGUAAUCAGCAAGACGCUGACGUACCCCCUGGACCUCGUCAAGAAGCGGCUGCAGGUUGGAGGGUUUGAGCACGCCCGAGCGACCUUCGGCCAGGUUCGAAGCUACAGCGGCCUCCUGGACUGUGCCAAGCAGGUGCUGCAAGAUGAGGGCUCCCAGGGCUUCUUCAAGGGCCUGUCGCCCAGCUUGCUGAAGGCGGCCCUCUCCACGGGCUUGAUGUUCUUCUGGUAUGAGCUCUUUUGCACCAUGUUCUACAACUUGAAGAAGGCAGAUUCCUAGCUUUGAGGGGCCUCUCCGAAGGGAAGACGCCCUCUCCAGUGUCACGAGUGGAGAGGUGCUAUCUGGGCUGCUCCUCCCGCCAGCCAUCCUCCUGACCAGGCGGCGGCCUCGGGCCCUUCUCGGCUGUGACCCCACAGAAGGAGCACGGGAGAACGUGGGGCUCGCUGUGGGAGGCCCUGGCAGUGCCUGCCGCACUGAGGAAGAGCUUGAAGCAGUAUCCCUUGUCUUUCCAGGCCAUCUGUCUGAGCCCUGUCUGCCAGGAGGGGCCCUGUGGGUCUAGGGUGGCGCACACUUGGGGGGAGUCUGCGGUUCCCACCAACCGACCUACUUCAGACACUAAAGCUAAAAACAGCACACUCCUCUUCGUUUUCCUCACAUAGAUCACCCCCCUGCUCACAGUGAGGAGGGAACCAACCCCUCCCCCCUAAAGUCAGUGUUUCUCCAGUAAUUUCUGCUACUUCUGUGGGGCUCCCCCUGCCGGUGAAGGUGGAGUGUGGAGUGGAUGCUGAUGGGGAGGGGAAGGGAGAUGGGUGGCAGCCAUAAGUGGGCUCCUUUCACUGGGUGCUGGGCCAGCUGGCACUGGGGCGCUCCUCAGCGCAGAGCAUGGCUUUGCAUGCCACCCCCUCUGUGACCCUGGAGGCCUCCUAGGAGUCUGCAGCAGCCCAGUGAAGGGGUGGGUGGGAGGAAGGGGUCGGACAGCCUGCCAGCUCAGUGAGGACAGAGUGCCCGAGAGAGGGUCGGCAACACACCCAAGCCCACCAGAGAUGUUGAUCUGAGUGCAGACACACGGGCUGGGGGCUGGAGGGGAGACAGGGCCCUGCACACAACCACCUCAGCUCCCCUGCAGCUCCAAGAAGCCAGCAUGGAGGAGCAGGCUGAAUCCCACCCAGGGAGCACACCUUGGCUCCGCCCAGCCUCUGCUGGCAGUUGAGGCAGACCCUUGACAGCAGCAGGUGGAGGCAGGUCUCUGGUCUUUGAGGCAAUGUCUGGGUGCUGGACACACAAGAGCCACUUGACUUCUCCGGAUAUUGGAGGCCGCCUGGGACCAGGCCGAGGGCUGCAGCACCAGCUGCCCGGUGGUUGCUGUGAGUCUCUGGGACCAUCGCAGUAAAGUUUUUUUGCACUGA